ACUCAAACGUGCUCUAUAUUCCUCGCCAUUCAAUACUUGACCGCAUAUAUUCCAAUGCUAAAUGCUAAACUACAUCACAAAGUCACUCUCACGACUGCGAUCAGUCCGGUAUCAACCGUAAUCCUGGCCUAAUUUCUUCACCAUGCCCAACACCAACAAUCCUUACCGAUGCAUCGGAAAGGGGUUCUGCGGCAGCGUCUGGACUGCUGAAGACGGCACGAAUCAUGCUAUUAAACGCGAAGAUGGAGGCCCCGGACGAUCUGUCACCAACGACUACAACAUGCAUCUGGAAAUCAUUCGGAGCGCAAACCAACAUCGUCCUUCAAUGCCUCUGGCCAUACCACAAUUUCAGUCAUUGAUAUACUCGAACAACAUCUGGUGGGAUGCAAAUCUCCACAGCUUCCCUGACGGCUUCACAGAGUGUAGAGCGCUCGUAUCCGAACGCAUCCCCAAGGUACCUCGAUCUAUCAGCGACAUGAUCGUGGAUCUGUUCUGUGCGGGUAAUACGUUGCUCUCGAGAUUCGUGAAAGGGAAUGAAGACGACGACUGCUGUCUUAUCCGUCCCUACUUGGGGCGACGACGAGAACGCAAAGCAACAAACACGUCGCGCUUCCAGCGCUUCAGCCUCCGAAAUGUUCCAUUACAUAUCAAACAGAUGGAAGAUCUCGGCCUUGAUUACGUCGCCUAUGCGUAAACUAUGGCGGAUGCAAUUGCUAUAAUGCACUGGGGUGCCAAAGUCGAUGCUAAUGAUGUUGAGUUCGUACUCGCACGUCCCCGAACCUCAUUAUCAUCAACACAACCAUCAUUCCCAUCACAAUAUCUCAGGGAACACGUCACAUGGAUUCUGGAACUUGACUGUGCGUACGCAGCGUUCAUGAGGAGCGAUCCCUUCUACCCACGACCGGACGGCACUGAGACUGCUGAUGGGGCGUUGUGGUGGUUC